AUCGGGUUGACAGUCACGGAAGGACUGUAAAGGGAAUAUCAGGAUUGUAAAAGCGGGAUGUUGUAAACAGUUCAACGCAUCGUUACAGACAUUCGAAGAGACAUAGUUGUCUGUGGUCAAGGUCAAGGUUUAAAUAUGGAUUUUGUAAAACGGUAGUACAUUUACUCUCAGCCACAAGCCAUGGUGGUGUUGAAGGUACCCUUGACCCUGCCUGCUGUGGUCAUCUGUGCCCUCUUGUUUGACUUGGUGGAAACAGUCCCUCCUUUUGACCCUUACAAGGUGCUUGGCGUCACAAAAAGUGCCAGUCAAGCGGAAAUCAAGAAAGUCUACAAGCGCUUGGCCAAAGAAUGGCAUCCAGACAAAAACAAAAACCCAGAAGCUGAGGAUAUGUUUAUCAAGAUCACCAAAUCAUAUGAGAUCCUUUCCAGUGAGGAGAAGAGGUCGAACUAUGACCGUUAUGGACAGACGGAUGACACUCAGACAUACGGGCACCAUGGCCACCACCCCUUUCAUGACCAUUUCUAUUUUGACGAGUCCUUCUUCCAUUUCCCCUUCAACGCCAAGGAUGGCAGAGACUUUGCUGACAGCAAAUACAUGCUUCACUUUAAUCAAUACGUUAACGACAUUGUGCCUGACAGCUUUAAGCGCCCCUACUUGAUCAAGAUAACAUCUGAUUGGUGCUUCAGCUGCAUCCACAUUGAGCCUGUGUGGAAGGAGAGCGUGCAGGAGUUGGAACCUUUGGGUGUCGGCAUAGGUGUGGUGGACGUGGGCUACGAGAGACGGUUGGCCAAUCACCUUGGCGCGCAUCGUACCCCAUCCAUACUUGGUGUUAUAAAUGGCAAGGUGACCUUUUUUCACUAUGCUGUAGUCCGACAACACCUCAGGCAGUUUGUAGAGGAUUUGCUCCCACAAAGACUAGUUGAGAAGGUGACAGAUCGGAAUAACCACCAGUUUCUGAACAGCUGGCAUGAAAUCAACAAGCCAAACGUGCUUCUCUUUGACCAAGUGGCCAUUGUCCCACUGUUAUACAAGCUCACUGCAUUUGCCUAUAAAGACUAUGUGCAAUUUGGAUAUGUGGACCAGGGUCUUACAGAGACAGUAAAUCUGCUGAAACAGUUCAACAUCAACACAUAUGCUCCAACAAUGCUUGUGUUUAAGGAAAACACAGACAAGCCCGCAGACAUUAUUCAGGCUAAGGGGAUGAAAAAAACCAUAAUUGAUGAAUUCAUAUCAAAUAACAAGUUCCUCCUGGCUCCUCGGUUGGUGAAUCAAAAAGUCUUUGACGAGAUUUGUCCUGUGAAACAGUUCCACCGGCGCCGGAAAUACUGUGUGUUGUUGAUCACAGGUGAAGAAGAGUCUUUUGUCACUGGUAAUAAGGCCUUCCUUUCCCUGGCCUCCACCAACACCAACGAGGUGCUGCGAUUCGCCUACGUCUACCAGCGCCAGCAGCAGCCACUGUGUGACACGCUGCUGAGGAACAGGGACAGCACCCCUCCACAGGUGGUGAUUUUGGAGCGGCGAAAUGGAGCUGGCAAGGCCCUGUACAAGCCGGUGCUGAGUGGCUGGAAUGGCAGUGAAGAGGACAAGCACAGGCUCCUGGAGGAGCUGCAGCGGCUCCAGAAAGACCCGUCUAUCCUCAACCACGACGCCAUACUGCCUGAACUCAACAAUGAGUUUGCCUCUAUGUUUCUAAUUCGAUGGGUAUUCGCAGCUUGUGAUUACUUGACAGAAAUCAUUGAUGACCUUCUUCACAAUAACUGGCGUGAGAUGAUGCCUCUGCUGUCACUGAUAUUCUCAGCAUUAUUCAUCUUGUUUGGCACUGUUGUCAUCCAGGCCUUCAGUGACUCAAGUGAGGAGAAACCAGCCAAACCAAAACCAAAAGACGCCUCAAAGACAGAAAAUGGGUCACCAAACAAUACCAGCACAUCAAGUCGUCCACCAAAGAAGAGCUUUGUGGAAGUGACAGAGCUGACCGACAUCACGUACAUGAGCAACCUCGUGAAAUUAAGGCCAGGCCACAUCAAUGUGGUUCUGGUGCUGACAGAUGCCACUAAAAACAUUCUCCUGAGCAAGUUUGCUAAGGAGGUGUAUUCCUUCACUGGGUGCCUGACGCUGCACUUCUCCUUCCUAAAUGUGGACAAGCACAGCGCGUGGAUGGACUCGUUGCUGGAGUUCGUCCAGGACGCCAUGCAAAUUGACGCGGACGAGGACGAGAGCGGCAACCGCAAGGUAGACUACACCGGUUACGUACUUGCCCUCAAUGGCCACAAGAGGUACCUGUGUCUCUUCAAGCCCGUCUACACCGGGGAGGACCCUGACAAGUCGGAGGAAGAGGGGGCCGCCCCGGGGGCUCGAUCGCGGUCCAGCUCACGCGAGGAGCACCAGCACCAGUCGCGGAAAGGGACGACGCGCCUGCGUUCCACAACACUGCAGAUUCACCACAAGCUGGACCGGCUGGGUCUCUGGACGGAGAGGCUCCUAGAGGGAACCUUGCCACGGUACUAUAUCCCGGCCUGGCCCGGCCUGGACAAGAUCACUGUCAGUAAGACUUAAACUCCUAGUUUGAGUAAUAUUCAUGUGGAGGGAUUGGGGUUUUGCUGAUCGUUUAUUUUGGGAGUCUGUUCAGAAAAAAAGGCAUGUACAAAAUGUAAUGGCUGAGGGUUUCUCACAGUCACAGUAUGUUUGAGUGCAUGGGCCAGAAUGGUUCUGUGUUUUGUGUCUUACUGCCUAGGAUGGAGGCUGGAUAUAUUGACAAGAUCGGCAGAGCAUUUGUUUGCUCUGUGAAAGGUUGCUGGUGUGGUCUGAUAGACCGCAGUGCAACUCAAGCGGUUGGAAUAAGUCAUGCCAUCUUUCCCUAGCAUGCUGUGUUGUGUUUGCUGCUCUUCUGAUAUUUAUCUCAAUGUGUUGGAACACUGUGGAUACUAGUAGAGUGCUAGACCUUACACUGCUAAUCCAAACACAUAUUUAUACUUCUCAUUUCUGAGAUUAUUAUUGGUGGCUCACAGAUAUCAUUAACAGUUGAAACCUUUCUAGGCCUUAGGCAACUGCACUGUAUACAGUAACAGUCUACAAGCAUUUAGAUAUGAAGUUGAAUUUUAGCAUUUCAGUUGGAUUGUUUGUGAAAAAGUUUUCCUUCUUAUGCUCAUCAUCACAAUGGAAAAGUUAAAAGGUAAGAGAGGAUUCAUGUAGCAAAAGCAUUUGAAUGGCCUGGAUUAUCUGUGCUGCAAGGGCCUAGUAACAUUUUGACCACAGAUCAUCAGUAUAUCUGGACAUUUUACAGUCCCAUAAGAUAUACAAUAUUUUGAGUGUAAAGUCUAUAUAUGACUUUACAGUGCUGCCAAGUUGAUGCUGGACCAAAACAGCUACAGUACAUAUAAGUAGCAUCGUUCACAUUGUAAGUUUAACAGACAUAUCAUCAAGUAAGAGACUGUGCAGCUAUUCAAUUGCACUUACACUGCCAAUAACUAACCUGGUGAUGUCUCUCUCUCUGAGAACGACAAUGGUACAGUAGGUACAGCGAAUGGUACAGAACGGUCAUGGGAAUCCUGGAAAAGUCAUGGCAUUUUUAAAUCCAAUUUUCCGGGCCUGGAAAAGUCAUGAAAUUCAGUCAAUUUCUUGCAAAGUUUUGGAAAAGUUACGUUCUAAUGAACUUCCAUGUGUAACCUGAGUCGUGUAGUCAGGCACAGUCUUGCACCGGACUCAAACUCAGAUGGGAGGCGGGCGUGCUCGCAAGGAGACAAUAAAUAGGCCCAACCCCAUGGAGUGAAGUACGCAAUUUUAGGUACUUUUAGGUUGUGUAAGGUCAUGAAAAUUUCAAUAAGGUUCCUUGAAAAGUCAUGGAAAAAUAUUAAAACAUUGUCAAUGACAAUGGGUUGGAACCCUGGAUGAGAUGUUACUUGUUUUAAAGUCUUUGUGUGACAUUUUGCAGACUUGUUUUUCCUCACAGACCAGUUUAGGUAAACCUGCCUUCCUUUUCAAGGCUGUCAGACUGUGUUGCACUAUUUAAAAAACAUAGCUGAGGUGGCUGUGAUGCCAGCCAACUUACAUUGACUCACAUUAGUUGUGCACAGACAAGCAAAAUAUGACAAAGGGAGAAAUUAUUAAAAAUGUUUUUUAAUGUUCUUUAUUAUAUAGCUUUGUGGGGUGGGGAUAACUUUACCACAGAGAACUGUUCAUAACAGGAAGAUAUUGGACAGGCUGGUUUCCUGGGAGAUGUGUUUCCUGGCAAUUAUAUUGGAUAAGUUGAUAGUAUUUAACAUUGACUAGACCUCAUUUGUCUUUAAAUAUAUCAUUGUGAAAAAAGAGAAUUGUUUAUUUUUAUGUCAAUAUUAUGUUUGAAACAAUAUCUUGAACAUUAUGUUGUCAGCAUUUUUAAAUGUAUGUAUUUUUAUUUUGUAUAUGACUUUAGAAACCUGUGUAAAGUAUUAAAUAUAAUUUAUCUAUAAACAUA